CUCAGCCAGCGAAGCCUUUCCUUAUAUAACGCGGCGUCACCGCCGCGCCGGGCGAGCGCCCGCUGAACUGCCCCUGCCUCAGUUUCCCCUCGCCGGGGCGUCACCGCCACCGCUGCCGCAGUCAUGUGGAUGGUGUCACCACCGGUCGAUGAAGGAUCUCACCAGCUUGCCUGGCUUUGGGACCACGGCAAAGGUAUUUUCCAGUCCACGAAGAAGCUGUUCCUGAGAGAGCGAGCUGGCCAGGGUCAGACCCUGGAGUUCAUCCGGAAAAACGCUGCUAACGGGCUCUCCGUGGCCAAUUUGGUGGCGGGGCUCUCCUCCGUCCUCUGCAGCCUCAAUAGGCAAUACCACCACUCGUGCUGGCUGCUGCUGGUAGGGUUUCUGCUUGAUCUGGCCGACGGAGCCGUCGCCCGACAGCUCGACGCCUGCUCAGCGCUGGGUGCCAAACUGGAUGAUUUCGCCGACUUCACCACCUUCGGGCUGGCCACAGCUCUGCUGCUGCAGCCACAGGGCGUCCUGGAUGGGCUGCUGGCCAUCGCCUACGUGAUGGCCGUAUUUGCUCGCCUGUGCUUCUUCUCCAGCGGGAUCCCCUUCACUUACCGGGGGCUGCCCUGUCCCUACGCCUCCUCGCUGCUGGCGGGCACCUUCCUGCUGACAGGGGGUAAUGUCACCCUGCUGCACGUCACCGCCAUCGUCAUGAUCCUCUUCAUGGUCGAUCGGGGUUUCUAUCCCCACGACAAGGUGCUGGAGUCCCAGCUCUGGAAGAAAUUGGUUUACGCUGGAGGCGUGGCAGCCGUCCUCUUCUCGCCGGCGGCGGUGGCUUCCAUCUAUUGCCUCACCUGGUCGAUGUCCUACAUCAUCUUCCCCUUCGCCAUCUGGAGCUGCAAAGCCUAACCCCUGCCUUCGCCUAACGCCUAGUAAAGCCUUCCUCUUCCUC